CAUUAACGGCACCUCAGGUCACCGACCGGCGUCAAAGAUUUCUGCUGAUCCUUAUCACCACUGCCCACCAUGAUCCUGUGCCUGCUCUUCCCCGUUCUUAUCCUCGGUAAUGUGGAGUCACAGACAGCCAAUGUGACGGGACAUGGAGAGCUGAACAGUGUUGAGGGGAAUCAAACAUUCACAGAGUCCAGCAUGAACAACAGUACAAUGAUAAAGACCAACGUGACAUACAGUUUGUACAAAGAUGAGACAAGUCUAAUUGAGGUUGAACUGCAAAACAACCAAACUUCUACCGUUAUCACAGAGGAUGAUGAGGAUUUUCAGGAGCAGGAAAAGAAGCAUCCAGGCAGACACUGCCAGGAGGACGUGCUGGUAUUCUACAGUUACAACUACUGUGGUGCAAUUUUUGACAUGGAAAUGUCGUCAAUCAGCAAAGACAACUGGUGUGUCUUGGAAAAUAUUCUCAGACCAUACAGCAACAUGACGUUCUGCUUGGAGAGUAUAUCUAACUCGUUUGGCUGUUAUUACCCGAACUCCAACAUUCAGGACUUCUUCCUUCACAUCCACUCGUCCUACUUCUUCAACUGCUCCAAAGAGGAGCUGCCUGUGCUCGUGGACGCCCCUCAGUGGCUGGUGAUCGUCCUCACUCUCAUUCCGGUCAGCCUCAUCCCUGUACUGGUUUAUCUGGUGGUUUUGAAAAGUAAUAUUCAAGAGUGAGUCAUGUCAGACCUGCGUCAUGUAAACCUCGUGUUACAGAGUUUGUUAUAUACGAGAAUAUGCUCCAGACAGUGCUUUAUAUAUUGUAUAACCAGUCUGGUAGGAAGUUAAAAGGUGAGUAAAUUAUGAAGUUGAGGACAACAUUCAUAAAUUCAAAUGUGGGUGAAAUGAAUCUACAGAAAUGUGAAGUUUUUUACUUUUAUACAUUUUUUAUACGUGUUUAACUAAAUAUGUAUUAAAGGUAUAGUUCAACAUUUUGGGAAAUAAGCUUAUUUGCUUUAUUUUUAUUCUACAAUAUCUUCCAGUUAAAGGGGUAGGCAGAAAUCUAGAAAGGAAAAAAAAAUAAUACACUAUGCUCCUGCAGCUCUCUUGUCUCUGUCCUAAGCCCCUCCCACCAGACGACCACAGUCAUAUGCACACACUAAAUACAGUAACCCGGUGCUUCUAAUGCAUGGAUUUAUUUUAUUUUAUUGUGGAGCUCAAUCCAAUAAGAUUUGCCAGCUCGCCACGACACUGUCUCUCCGCCUCGCUCCCCACCUCUGUGGACUGUAUCCCUGGGUGGAGAGCAGGCAGCAGCUCUGGAGAUGGAUCUUUAGUCUGCAAUUUAAAUUCAGCCAGCGCAAACCCGCCCCAGCACCUGAUGUCACAGCAGGCUGGUGGCCAGCGGCAGCACCAGGUCUAACCUGUGUAACAGCAGCAACCGAAAGUUUGCUGAUCCAGCAAGGGGCCAAGGCUGUCGAGUUCCCCGCAGUACGAGUUUGCACUGGCUGAAUUUGGAUGCUGCAGCUGCUGACUGGAGAUCAGUCUCCAGAGCUGCUGCCCACUCUCCUUCCGGCAUAGUGGUCUGUUUGUAUGGAUGUGAGGCAGAGGACACUGUGAUGUGAGGCUCUAGCUAAUGUUAGCUACAUAAUUGUGACCUUGAAGCUGCAGCCAUGAGCCUUUAGCUCUGGUUAGCAGAAGGCUUAACGAUGAGCAGUGUUUUCUCCCCAUCUCUGAAACACUCCGCCAAUACUGACACAUUUUGGCCCAAUCCCAA